UCCUCGGUGAGCUCCUCGCUCGAUUUGUCCCCUUCCAUACAGACAAGCCGGGGGCGAUCCAACUAAGCCGCCGCGCGUACGUUCGCGAAGCCUCCUCGAGCUACGGGCCGCGCGAUACAACAACGCCCCUUGCGCGCGCGUCGUACGUGGUGAUCCGCGGCCGGCCGGGACCGGCGGGCGAGCGGCGAGCCUGGGAGGCAGCCACUUCGCUGCUACACGACGAGCACUUCCGCCUAAACUAAUCCACCCUCGAAUCUUUCUUAGUCUCUUUUCUCUUUUCCAUCGAUUGAUCAUAUCCAUUUCCGCCUAUAAAUUUAGCCUCUUGCUAGCGUUUGAACCCCCCCUCCCCCCGGUUUCCCUCCAAAAGCUGCACAAACACACGUGCAGUGGCAGAAGCUUGCGCCGCCAUGUGUGAGGGGCUCAUUGGCCAGCUGUUGCCGCCGUGCCGGUGCAAUGCCCGCGACGGCGGCGUCGGUGAUGCUAAUCAGCUCGGCGCGGUCGUCGUCUCUCCGGACGUCGCUGUUGUUGUUGUGAACGAUUCGACGACCACGACAACGUGCAAGCAGCAGCCGCUGGUCUUGGCCCACAGGCCGUCGUUGAACAGGGGCGUGGCGAGGGAGGCCGCGUCGAUCAUGCGGAUGUCAUUGCCGAUGAUGAUGACGGGUCUCAUACUCUAUGUCCGGCCGAUGAUUUCGAUGCUCUUUCUUGGCCGGCUCGGCGAGCUCGCGCUCGCCGGCGGGUCCCUCGCCAUCGGCUUCGCCAACAUCACGGGCUACUCUGUCCUGUCCGGCCUCGCCAUGGGAAUGGAGCCGGUGUGCGGCCAGGCUGUGGGCGCCAAGAACCUCCCCCUCGUCGGCGCCACCAUGCGGCGGAUGGUGCUCCUCCUCCUCGCGGUGUCCGUGCCUAUCGCCUUCCUCUGGGCGCACAUGGAGCCGCUCCUCCUGCUGUGCGGCCAGGACGCGGCGAUAUCCGCCGCCGCGCAGCGUUACAUUCUACUCUGCCUGCCGGACCUCCUCUUCCAGUCGUUCCUACACCCUCUACGCAUCUACCUCCGCACCCAGUCCGUCAACUUCCCGCUCACCGCUUGCGCCGCGGUCGCCGUCGCCAUCCACCUCCCCAUCAACUACCUGCUCGUCUCGGUCCUCGGGCUCGGCGUCGAAGGCGUCUCCCUCGCCUCUGCCUGGGCUAAUCUCAACCUCGUGCUCCUCCUCCUUGCCUACAUCUACGUCUCCGGCGUGCACCGCGCCACCGGUGGCUUCACGCUGUCUGACAAGCUGUUCAAGGACGUUACCGGGUGGAUCCGGCUAGCCAGGCUUGCUGUCGAGAGCUGCGCCAGCGUCUGCCUCGAGUGGUGGUGGUACGAGAUCAUGAUCCUUCUCUGCGGCCUCCUGGCCAACCCCAAGGCCACCGUCGCAUCCAUGGGGGUGCUCAUCCAGACGACGUCCCUGCUCUACAUCUUCCCGUCGUCGCUCAGCUUCGGCGUGUCGACGCGGGUCAGCAACGAGCUCGGCGCGAACCGCCCGGGCGCCGCGAGAGCGGCGGCCCACGCUGGGCUGGCGCUGAGCGCGCUCCAGGGCCUCGGCUCCUUCAUGUUCGCCCUGGCCGUGCGCGACGUGUGGGCGCGCAUGUUCACGUCGGAUGCCGCCAUCCUGGCGCUCACGGCGUCGGUGCUGCCCAUCCUCGGGCUGUGCGAGCUCGGCAACUGCCCGCAGACCACCGGCUGCGGGGUGCUCCGCGGGAGCGCACGCCCCAAGGACGGCGCGCACAUCAACCUCGGCGCGUUCUACGGCGUCGGCACGCCCUUUGCCGUGGCGCUGGCGUUCUGGGCGGGGCAGGGCUUCAAGGGCCUCUGGCUCGGCCUCCUCGCCGCGCAGGCCGCUUGCGUCGCCGUGAUGCUCGUGGUUAUCUCCCGCACGGACUGGACCAAGCAGGCCAAGCUCGCCCAGGUGCUCGCCAAUGUUGUCGCUCCCGGCGACGACUGCGGCCGCGCCGAUGUGAACGGAGACGGUGGGAAAGACACGGGGCCGCGUGUCAAGGUUGCGGCGCCCCAUGGCGACGAGGACUCCAGUUUGCUCAUCACUGUGCAGGGCUGACCGGCACAACACCUUGACAACGACGGCCGUCUACGUAUGAAUCACGGUAACUAGCUGGUAGCCUGGCCUGUGUAUAGUACGGGUGAAGUGAAACACAUUUUUUGCAGUCUGAACAUUUUUUCGGGGUUCAUAUUGGCUGGUUAGUAUGUACGUACAUGUACUACGUUAUUGCGGAAAACACCUGAAACUUUGAGGUACAAAAAGGUAGGUGUUUUCAGUAAUUACGUGGCUGGCGUAAUUAGUUGUGUUGAGCGAACUAGUUCGGUUCUUGUUCACUUUUAGGUGGCAUGAAUGCCGACAUUUUUUGUAAUUUUUUUAA